AAAAGCCAGUCCUCAUAAUGGCGACAGCUGCGGUGUCUGCCCCUGCUGGCUGCGGCCCCAGCCCCGGGCCGGGAACGGAGCUCGUCCGCGGGCAGGCCUUCGACGUCGGGCCUCGGUACAGCAACCUCUCCUACAUCGGGGAGGGAGCCUACGGGAUGGUGUGCUCUGCCUAUGACCGGGACAACAAGAUCCGUGUGGCCAUUAAGAAGAUCAGCCCUUUUGAGCACCAGACGUACUGUCAGCGCACCCUGAGAGAGAUCAAAAUCCUUCUGCGCUUCAAACAUGAGAACAUCAUUGGAAUCAAUGACAUUAUCCGCACACCGACCAUCGACCAGAUGAAGGACGUAUAUAUUGUCCAGGAUCUCAUGGAGACAGACCUGUACAAGCUCCUGAAGACUCAGCACCUGAGCAACGACCACAUCUGCUACUUCCUCUACCAGAUCCUACGAGGGCUCAAGUACAUCCACUCUGCCAACGUCCUGCACCGCGACCUGAAGCCUUCCAACCUUCUGCUCAACACCACCUGUGAUCUCAAGAUCUGUGACUUCGGUUUGGCUCGUGUGGCCGAUCCCGACCACGAUCACACUGGUUUCCUCACAGAGUAUGUAGCCACUCGUUGGUACCGAGCACCUGAGAUCAUGCUCAACUCCAAGGGCUACACCAAGUCCAUAGACAUCUGGUCAGUAGGUUGCAUCCUGGCUGAGAUGUUGUCCAACAGGCCAAUCUUUCCUGGGAAGCACUACUUGGAUCAGCUUAACCACAUUUUGGGGAUCCUGGGUUCUCCCUCUCAGGAGGAUCUCAACUGCAUCAUCAACAUUAAGGCCAGGAACUAUCUGUUGUCGCUGCCUUUGCGCUGCAAAGUGCCGUGGAACCGCCUCUUCCCCAACGCUGAUCCAAAAGCUCUGGACCUGUUGGAUAAGAUGUUGACCUUUAACCCUCACAAGAGGAUCGAGGUGGAGGAGGCCCUGGCGCACCCUUACCUGGAGCAAUAUUACGACCCCACAGAUGAGCCUGUUGCUGAGGCUCCGUUUAAGUUUGACAUGGAGCUGGACGACCUACCCAAAGAGACACUGAAGGAGCUCAUCUUUGAAGAAACUGCGCGUUUCCAACCCGGCUUUAGGUCCUAACAUCUCGCACAGAUUGCUCUGUGGACUGGCUUCUGCGUUGCCACUGCUCCUCCCCGCCUCCACACUGUUGCUGUGACUUUUGUUUUGUUUUUGCUUUUCUUUUUUUUUUUUCCCCCCUCUCCUAUUGUCCGCAUCACCUGGAUUCCUUGGGUCUCACUCGUCAAGUCCACUUUGCUCAGGAAUGGCGUCAGGAAUCAAUCAAUCAAUCAAUCGUUCUCUGUCCCUUUUUCUUUUUCUCUUUUCUCUCUCUCUCCCUCUCUCUCUCUCUCUCUCUCUCUCUCUCCCUCUCCCCUCGGAGGUGAAGAGUAGGGGGGGGAGGGGGUGUCACAUCACAGCUUUUACAGUUUUGGGGGUGGUUUUUGUGUUUGAAGCCAAGAUAAACAAUUUUUUUGUGUGUCUCAAAGGCGUGUGGCUCUGGCUAAUCCUAUUCAAGACAUUUUGAUGUCAGUGAUAGACUCGCUGUUGUGGUUUCUUUUUUGGUGCAACUGUCGUGGUUAUAACUCUGCCUACAUUGCACAAACAACAGUAUAUUACUUCUAAGAAUCAUUAAAAACAAAAGGUCUUUUGAAUUUUCUAACCUUAGUUGCACUGUUACAAGGGAUAUCUCUUCUCUUUUUUUCUCUCUUUAUGUCUUUGGAAGAAAGGAAAAAACCCGAAUGAAAUUAACUGAUUUAUGCAAUGAAAUCACAUAAUCAUCCAGAGACUUUGCAGGCCACAAGCCAUCACUUUUGGUGUUGACAAGGAUCAAUAUUUUAUCAACGACCUUGUAUUUAAAUCCUUAAAACACUCACACAGAAGGCCCAAAUGCAAAUAUAUACAUAUACAUAUAAAUAUAUAUAUAUAUAUAGCCUAAAGAGUCUUAAGAUAUUUUAAUGCCAAGAGUGACGAUAGAAGGGGAAUCAAAUGAAUUUAUAACCUUUUUUUUCUUAUUAUUAAAAACAUUGAAAAAGAAACGCCCGUUUUCAUUUCUCAUUGGCUUCAGUAAGAUGUCAGUUUGUGUGUAAAUGCACCAAGUUACAAGGUGCGUUGGGAAGUUUCACCGUCAAUUUCUGCCUUAGCCGUGAGAAACUAAAGCAAAAGUCAGUUUAUUCCACACAAGUCUGUAUGUACAGUCUGAUAUUUUUCAUAUGGGGGGG